AUGGCCGACCUCGAAAGAACAGUGCUGGACUUCUACCAGCUGUCUGACCCCUAUCCCGUCGAGUGGCCGGCCGAGAAGGACACGAGCGACGUAUCCGAAGAUGAGGAGGCCAAGCAGAAGAUCAACCGGCGCAAGUCGAGAUACCAGGCCCUGGAGCGGGCGGUCAGCAACAGGGUCAGCAUGCUCCCAGGGCAGGAGAAGUCUGCGAACGGGGUGGGAAACAUCGUCCAGAAGGACGAGCCCGACCCGCUGGGCACCACCGACAGCGUCGUCAGGACGCUGAAGCAGCUCGGCGUGCCCGUGCAGGAGGACCCGCGCCUGCGAAACCGAUUCCUCAUGUCCUCGACCACGUUCUCCCCGGCGCUGUUCCUCUCCCAGAUGCACUCGACGGCGGACACGCAGUCCCUGCUGAACGGCCUCGACAUCCUGUCCCAGUCUAUCGACCAGAAGAGCGCUUCGCUGAAGGUGCUCGUCGAGUCCAACUUUGAGCGAUUCGUGCGCGCCAAGGCUACCAUCGACAACGUCUACAAGGAGAUGAAGUACCGCGGAGCAGACCCCACGCCGCCGACGAGCCGACCGCGCGCCCACUCUAGACAUGCUAGUAGGAAUAGCUUUCGCAGCAGCAGCGGCAUUGGCCUGUCCAGCCCUAUGGUGCCGGAUCCCAGGAAGAAGAACGCCCUUGUGAAAGAGAGCGAGUAUGGAGUAUCGGGGAUCAAGGGCCCGCUGCUGGACGUGUCCGCCAAGGCAGAGGACGUGUGGGGACCUGCUCUGGGCGGACGAGACAAGGAAGAAAGACUAAAGGAUGUAGCUGCAACCCUUGAGAAACACAAGGAAUACGUCGAGACCAGUGCGGCCAUUGCGGACAGCAUCAAGCGGAAGGACCACGAGGCAUUGGUCGAAGAGUACAACCGGGCCAGGUCGUUUGCAGACGAAGCUCGGCUGCUCGCUCAGGGAGGCAGCGCCGAGGAAAAGCUACCGGACCACCAGUUAUACCAGAUUCUCUUGGCCGCCCGGAUGUGGCACGACGUGCAGGCGCAGAUCGAGGCUUUCAAGCGAGACAUGUGGAAGAAGUUGGUCAAUCUCCACACAGCACCGAAAUCAGAAACCGCUGGACGGCAGGACCAGCACAUGGAAAUCAUAAGCCUGUUGCUCGAACUUGGCGUGGAGGAGAACCCUAUAUGGAUCUGGCUGCUCAGUCGCUACGAGUACCUGAAGAGCAAGGCCACGUCAACGGCGGACAGGACCAAGGUCGAGAUCGAGGUGGCAAGGCGUCGUAUCGCGAGCGUCGAAAAGCCAGGCCCACAGGCAAUCGCCACGCACUUGAAGACCAUCGCACGGCAGUCAAUGGAGAGUAAGACUCAUUCGUUCGAUUCAGCCGACAUCGUUGAGUUGUGGGAGAAGAUCUAUUCGUUCCUGAACAGCAUGCUGUCUUCUCAAGGCAUCAUCGGAGAGGUCGUCGACUUCUGGCAGACCGUCCAAGGGUUCCUGGAGGGAAGGACUCAGACGUCGAUGCCAACGGGCUACAACGGCGAGUCACAGAAGCACCACGAGCUGACCCCAGAAUGGGCAGCGGAUCUACAAAAGGGCACACUAGAACUGGUCGACAUGAUCCGCGAGAGCGUAUACAUGUUCUUCAUUGGCCCGCCACCCGAUGACCUUUCGAUGCUCCUCUCCCCCAUGCCGUCAGAGCCCAGCACGCCCUUGUCCGCAGCCCUGGGUGGCGUGGCUCUGACCCCCACCACGCUUAGAGACCCCCGGAUGAACCUGGACCCAGGCAGCAUCCCGCCCCCAUCACCAAGACGCGGGGAACAGUGGGAGAAGUACGCCUUCUGGCCACCAUGGUCGAACUCGGUCAGUGCCGUGCACUACCUCGCCAAGAUCCUCGCCGUCGUGGGCUCGGGGUCGUGCGACAUGGCCAGCCUGACGCCCGUGGCCAGAGGCGACGGUGCAGUUCUGGAAAAGCUGAGGACCCUUGUCGGGUCGGUCAGGGAACGGUGCGUGUCGGCUCUGUGCGCCGCGUGGAACAAGGACGCCGAGAACAUCAAAUACAUCGAGGACUGGAGCAGGUCGCCCGAGAGGAAAGACGUCACCAAGAUGCCUGCCAGCUUCAAGGCCUUCGAAAGCGCCCUCUUGACGGGCAUGCAGCAGAUUCUGUACAUCUCCGAGGCGAUGUCAAAGCCUGGCGCCGGCGAUAUCGUCCAGCCGCCGCCCACGAAAUUGCUGCAGACGGUGCGCAGCCAGUACGUCACGACGCUGUACAAAGCUCUGAGCGGCAUGGUGGAGAAUGCAGAGCGCUCCGUCCGGAAGACGGACGACGAGUGGACCACCGAGGACAGCUUCGUCGUUGUGAACGGGGCCAGCUCGAGGGUAGCCAGCAUGACCGGCGCGACGAUCAACGCCGGCGACAGGAACGUCCGCAUGCUGCUAACCCUGAGCAACUUCCAAUCCCUCCGGGCAGAGGUCGUCCCAGGCCUGAACACGCAGUUCGAGAACGCCUUCUCCGUCAAGCUCACCGACGAGACGAUGAAGAUCAAGGACGUGCUGGCGCAGAUCGACGCCCGCCUCUUCCAGUCCUACACGAGGCCCUACAUCGAGUCCCUCCGCGCCCUGAUCCGCAACGGCGUCACGGCGCCGGACUGGGCGCCCGCCUCGCCGGGCGACCGGCCGCGCGAGGUGAAGCCGUACGUGUACGAGGCGCUCCUGAGCCUGGUCCUGGUGCACAGCCAGGUGUCGACGACGGCCGCCUCCCUCACGGCCCAGGUCCUCUCGUACCUGCUGGAGCUGGCGUCGCGGGAGCUCCUCGAGGCCUUCCGCACGCGGCCGCGCUACGACCUCGCCGCGCUCAUGCAGGCGACGCUCGACGUCGAGUUCGUCGCGCAGACGCUGUCGCAGUACAUGACGGAGAAGGCGACGGAGCUGCAGACCGCCGUGUACCAGGAGCUCGACUCGCGCACCGACAACGACGCGCGCGCGCGCCUGCAGGCCGAGCUGCCCGAGAUGCGCAGCGUGCUCAAGCGGCUGCGCGAGGCGAGCAAGAACGAGUUCGCGUGCUUCCGGAAGCCGAGGCGGCGGGACGGCGCGGGGGGCAGGGGGGACACGAGUAGUGUUUCCACCACGAUGUCUGCGGCGCCGUCCAUAUAG